AUGAUGCUUCAAGGUCAUGUGCUGGAGAACCCGGUGGUAACAGCAGCACAGUCUGACAACGAACAAAAUGACGAGCAUCGGGAACAUGCUUCGGAUACAGAGGAUUCAGAAAAUGAUUCCGCACAAGCUGAUGAAGAUGAUAAGUCGAUCGAAGAUCGAGCGGUCAAUGACCUCGAAUUGGCCGUCCUGAAAUGGAAGAUCUACAGAAAAUGUGGAAAAGAAAUAAAUAGCAAAUCUAGCUGUGAACUCAUGUAA